CCUGGUUACCCCUCUUGUGGGCAGGUUGUGGAGUUCAGUGGAGGGUGUUGGAGGAAGUUUCCCUGUGAUGGAAGGGAUUGUCAUGAAGUGGUCCCACCCUUUUUCCCCUCCCUGUGUUGGAAUACCUGAGGAAAUCAGAAAGCAGAAAUUGGCUGCAGCCAAGAAAAAGCUAAGACAGUUUCAAAAACAGAAGAAGUCUGACCACUCUCCAGUGGACAAAAGAGUGCAUGAGUUCAAGAAUGUGCGGGACAGGGAGGCUGAGAAGCUUCCUGUAAAGUUGAGCGAACUGAAGAACUGCAGGGAGAGAAGAGAACACCAAUAUAGUGACCACCUUGAGCUCAGAGCAGCUGAGAAACCAUGAGUGGACUCUGAAGCUGGGCCAGCUGCAGGAGGACAUCUUGGAACUCAAGGCGGUGGU